AUGGUUCUCGGUAUCGAACACUUUUUCUCAUUCUUCCCGACUACUAAUCGAAUACAGCAGCAAAAAUCCCGCCCAAUAUUAGUAGACAGCGUUUUUGGAUGGAUAGUAUCCUACACCACACGUGAAAUUCCUUCAUCAGGACAGAAUCCGCCAUGUAAUAUCGUUGCCGUCUCUCUGUUCAACCUUGAGGAGAGAAUCGAACGGUUUUGGAAGGUCGAAGAAUUACAACCCCGAUCCGAUUACUCCUGGGAGCAUAGGCAGUGUGAAAAAUUAUUUUCAACGACCACUACUAGAACUGCAGAAGGGCGAUAUAUAGUACGUUUGCCUCGUCAACCCAACUUCAAUCAGCUUAUUGGACAAUCCAAGCCUACGGCACUUCAUCGGUUCCGGCUAUUAGAAAGGAAACUCGAUAGGAAUCCUGAAUUAAAGAAGGAAUAUCACAAGUUUAUGGCAGAAUACCUCUCUCUUGGACAUAUGCAAUGUGUUCAGGACGACGACGGACAUCAUUCUGAAGGAUACUACCUCCCACAUCAUCCGGUAGUGAAAGAAGCCAGCACGACGACGAAAUUACGCGUGGUCUUCGAUGCGUCAGCCAAGACCUCAACAGGCGCAUCGCUCAAUGAAGCCUUGUUGGUAGGUCCUGUGUUGCAGGACGAUCUCCUAUCCGCGAUUCUCCGAUUUAGAACCUUCCCAGUGGCGAUGAUGAGUGAUAUCGCCAAAAUGUAUCCUAUUCAAUGCUAUGAAUUAUCCACAGUUACCUAUGGCUUAAGUCCAUCUUCAUUUCUCGCUACGCGUACGCUACAGCAACUAUCCGCUGACGAAGGCGAUUCCUAUCCUUUAGCAGGACCAGCUGUGCUGAAAGGUUUUUAUGUGGAUGACUUCAUUGGAGGAGCACAGUCCAUCACAGAGGCAAUCCAAUUGCGAAGGGAACUGAGUGAGCUACUAGCACAAAGCGGCGACUUCUCAUUCCGAAAAUGGACAUCAAACAACACACGAGUACUGGCCGAUUUAUCUCCCGAGGAAAUUGGUACCCAAUCACCCAUCGAAUUCGACGCUCAAUGA